UGGACAGGCAGAAGUCCAAAUGUUGUCAAAUAGUGCUUUGCUGAAAAUAUGUGGAUAUGGAACGUUUUUCAUGAGCGGUAUUGCCCUACUGGCAUUUGAGGAAAUACAAGCACGCAUUCGUAAGUCUACAUGCUAUUUAGAAGCCUUCACAUACUUUAAUAACAACACCGGAGCUGUUCGAUAUUUUGGAGAACCCUUAAAAGUUGGUCACAUCACCAAUGAAUCCGAAGGAGAAAAUGAUAUGGUUAGAUGGUACACAGUGCCACUUAAAGGCCCAGAUGGCAAAGGAUCUCUUUAUUAUCAAGUAAUCAAAGAGAAUAAAUGGCUUCUAUCAAAGGUAGAAGUCGAGUUAGGCAAACUACCUGGCAGAAGGUUUCUCAUAGUAGAUAAGUAUGAUUUCAGCAAUUCGAACAAAGAUCUUGAAAACAACCAAAUGGAAUAGCCUACUUGCUGAAAAAAUAAUUCGUAAAUAAAACAAUUAGUUUGAAUAUA